GUUUGCUGUAAUCUUAUGCAGCAGCCUUUUGCUCUGCUUCACUGCUAGGAAUCAAGCUGCAGAUUUUCUGCGCAAGUGUUUUGGUUGUCAAUUCAAUCAAUCAAGAAGCUUGAUAAUUGCCAUAUCCAAAUGCUUUAUAUCAUGUUUUAGCUCAGAAGUUGCCCCCGUUCCGGGAGACAGUCUCUUUCCCUCGUCACCCAGCCUUGAGGGCCUUCUCCACAGUGGACAAGCAAGAUGGCGGCCGGAUCUGCUGCUGUGCUCACAAGUUUCAUUAUCAAUUUGUGUGUUAUGCUGGGGCUGUUCACGCUGUUCACAAUCGUUCGUGUGAGGCCAUGGGCGAAGCGCUUCUUUGCGCCAAGAAGAUAUGCAAGAGAUGUAGACUUGAAGCCAAAACGCAUGAGCAGCUUCUACCUGGGAUGGGUGAAGCCCAUCAUGUUGUAUAAGGAGGAGGACAUCAUUGACGAGGUGGGCCUGGACGCGGCCAUGUACCUGCGGGUCCUGUGGUUCGGCAUGGAGCUGUUUUUCAUGCUGACGCUCAUUUGCAUCCCGCUCGUCCUGCCCACCAACAUGACCAGCGGGGAGAUCGAGCGGCUGCUGGCACAGGCGGAGGAGGCUCAAUCGCUGGUUUUGAAUAAUUCGGUGGUUGUGCAGCCGCGCAAUACCAGCCUCCUCGGCGAUGACAACCACAACGACGUCCGCUUCAUGUACAUGUCCCAGGGCACGGUGGUCGCCAACAACAUGGCUCCUUGGAACACGAGCAUCACGUUCAACGCGACGAUGGUGGAAAACAACGUCACGUUUGUGCAGGACUUCUUUUCCAACUACAGCUGCAAGGACACAGCUGAGCCGUACCUAUCCUUUGCGGCGUACAACAUGACUUACGUACGCAUCAGCGGCACCAAACGCUACAACAACGACUCGCUAACAGUCCUGCUGAAGGACGCGAUCGUAUUUCUGGGCUGGCAAAACAUGAGCGUCAUUCCCGCCAGCCUGCAGGCCGUGAAUAACUCAGGCUUUGAUUACAUCAUCGUGUGGUCGCUGGAGGGCGAAACGGAGCAGACGCAGCUGACGGUCAACGGCAAGGAGUUCAAGUUUACAAAUUUUGACAAGUACUCGCUGUCAAACAUUCCAGCCGGCAGCGCCAAGAUGUGGGCGCACGUGGUAGCGCUGUGGCUUGUGACGCUGUUCACUAUGUGGCGCCUGAGAGAGUACAACUUACAGUCGGUGUAUCUGCGGCUGCUCUUCUUGGGUAACUCCAAGCGAGGAGGCCCCUCACACACCGUCCUGGUCACCGACGUACCCUUCGUGUCUGACGCGGUUGCGUGCGGCCUGCGCGCAGAGGAGUACCGUGAGAAGCACGGCCUGCCCGCGAGCGUGACCAGCCUGAAGAAGAGCAUGAGCAUCAAGAACCCCAUGUAUGAGGGUUACGAGUCGCUGGAGGGCGGCCCCGACGGCAGGACGGCGGUGGGCGUGCCCGUGUCCACCAGCGCGGGCGAGCCGCGCCUGCCCGGCACCAAGUCCGUCACCAUCGUGGAACCCGGCGGCAAGAACGGCGCCGGCGGCGCGGCACAGCAGCCUGCCAGCUCGCUACGGUCGUCGCAGGCGGCGUCGCUGAAGCAGUCGCAGGCGGGCGCGCUCAAGGUCCACACCACCAACGGCGGCGGCGCGUACGCGGCGGAGACGCCGCGCGCCAACGGCGGCGGCUCCACUGCCCAGUCCGGCGACAUGCGCGUGUCGGAGUUCGCCUCCGCCACCUACGAGGCCGAGUCAGCCGCCGGAGGGGACAAGCGCUCCGCCGCCGGCGACUCUGGCGUCGGCGGCAAGGAGGGCGGCGCCGUGGUGGCCAAGGGCAGUCUGCUGCACAAGGUCCAGGCCGUGGGCGUGCCCAUCGAGGAGUGCCUCAAGUACCGGCUGCACGACCCCGAGGUGGAGCCCCGGCACGCCGCCACCGGCGGCAGGCUGCUCAUGGCGCGCGUGGGCCGAACCACUGAGGAGCUCAGGCGCGACGUGCUGCGCGAGGACCCGGAGCCCACCUGGCUGCCUCCCGGCUACGGCGUGGACACGCGCGUGCUCAAGCCCGACCGCCGCUCGCUGAAGCGCUUCCGCUACGACGUCAAGACGCUGGGCAAGAAGCCCGGAGACAUGGUACUGUGGAUGCGGGACAAGGCCGCGCAGCUGCUGGGCGGCAAGAGCCACGAGGACAAGGAGAAGGAGAAGGCGGAGCUGGAUGCGGCGCGCAUGAAGCGCGAGGCCGAGGACAAGGACCACAUCGGCCCCCGCUUCCGCCCGCCCGUCAACGCCACAGCUAUGGACCCGAAGGAGCAGGCCAAGGCCAAGCUGCGGUCGGGCCUGACGCCGCAGCAGAUGGUGGCCCAGGAGUUCGCGCUGGUGUACCAGCCCUACAACAUCGCCGCCGUAAACAUGAUCCAGGACACCACUGGCCUGGAGCCGCUGGUGGCCGAGUACCUCAAGAUUGAGCAAUCCCUGGAGGACUACCUGGACAUGGCCAAGCUGCGCCUCAAGCUGCGCAAGGCGCUGCCCAUGAAGAUUGUGCGCAUCAGCCCCAAGCUGCAGGGUGACGCCUGGCCGGCCGUGCAGAGCGAAAUGAUCCGGAUCGUGAAGAGCCAGUACGAGUACAUGCGGGAGCAGGCGCACGCGCGCUCCAAGCAGGCACUGGAGCUCCACGACCGUGAAAUCAACCCCAAGGAGAAGGACGUGCUGCAGAAGCGAGCGGUCGCAUUGGGCGCUGAGGAGGCGAACCUGCCGAGGCAGGAGGCGGAGGCGCUGGCGGCAAUCCAGAAGAUCAUGCCCAAGAGAUGGAGCGCCAAGGUGGACGCGGUGACCUACUGGCUGGCCCGGCUCAAGUACCUGCGGGAGUGCAUCAAGAUCCAGCAGGCGGUCGCCAGCCGCAAGAUCGCGCCCUCCGCCUUCGUCACCUUCAACACGCGCAUGGCCCAGGGCGUGGCCUCCAACUCGCUGCACGCGCACGACGAGACCAGCUGGCGCAUCAUGCCGGCGCCCGCGCCCAUCGAGGUGGUGUGGGGCAACCUGAUGAUGACGCACCCCGUGCGCACCGGCCGCCUGUGGCUGAUCUGGGUGGCGUUCUGGGCCAUGACGCUGUUCUUCAUGAUUCCCGUCACGCUCAUCCAGGCGCUGAUUGAGGUGCCCAAGCUGGCGUCCAUCCCGGUGCUCGGUGACAUCGUGACGGCGCCGGUGGUGAAGCAGCUGCUGGAGGCGAUCAUCCCGGGCCUGGUUCUGAAGAUCUUCCUGGCUGUGGUGCCCAUCAUCCUGAAGAUCAUGGCCAUCCAGUCCGGCCUUACCAGUAUGUCGGAGGUGGACUUCUCCGUGGUGGCGCGAUACCACCUGUUCCAGGUGGUGGUGGUGUUCUUUGGGUCCAUCAUCGCCGGCUCUUUCUUCAACCAGAUCACGCAGUGGGUCAAGGACCCUGCCUCCGUCAUUUCCGUGCUGGGCAAGUCCAUUCCCAUGACCGCCACAUUCUUCAUCACCUACCUCUUCGUGAACGGCCUGGCGGUGCGCUCCAUCCAGUUUGUACGCCUGUCCGACUUCGUGGUCUUCUGGAUCCUGUCCAAGUUCGCGGGCUCGCCGCGCGCGCGCGAGCGCAUGUGGAUGAACCAAGUCCAGUUCUACGGCAAGACCGUGCCGGACCACACCAUCGCAAUGCUCCUGGGCCUGGUCUUCUGCUGCAUGAACCCCAUCGUGUGCCCGGCGGCCCUGGCGUACUUCCUGGUGGCGUGCGUGGGAGAGCGCUACAACGUCAUCUACGUGUACAGGCCACAGUACGAGAGCGCUGGGCGGCUGUGGAAGACGGUCUACAACCAGAUCAUGGUUGCAAUCUACAUCAUGCUGCUCGCCAUGUUUGGCCUGCUGGCCAUCAAGAAGUUCGCGGCCACAUUCCUGCUGGUGCCGCUCAUCAUCGGCGUACUGCUGUCGCACCUCUCCACGCUCACGCUCUACAGCCGCCCCUGGACCGUCACGGCGCUGCACGACGCUGCGGAGAUGGACAUGCUGGAGGCGGACCAGCGCCGUGAGCACCUGCUGGCCAUGGCGCGAGACGAGCGCAAGAAGGCUAAGCUGGAGCAGAAGCAGCGCUACGAGACCGCCUGCAUCGCGGCGGAGAAGGAAGACAAGCCCGCCCCGCCAGCGUCCGACUUCUUCACGGAGAUCAAGCCGGGCAAGGCCGAGCGGCUGCUGUAUGAGACGCUCGAGGGCGAAGGCUUUUCGCUCAACAGCGCAGAGAAGAAGGAGAUCGCCGACAUGUACCGCAACCCCGGCUUCACGAUGCACCUGGAGCACCUGGAGGAGGUGGAGAAGCUGGCGCGGGUGGUGCAGAGCCUGCUGCCCUCGCUCAACCAGUUCGUGUCCGAGUACAAGAACUACCGCCGCACCGUCAAGGCCCACAAGAUCAAGGGCGACACCGCGACCGGCGCCGAAGUGCCGCACAUGCCCGAGGACCUUACGAUCUUCGACAACGACCCGCGCCUGGUGAGCCUGGACCAGGAGAUGGCGGAUCGGCCCGACGACGCCGCCUCGCUGUCGGCGGCGGAGGCCAGCGACGACGACGAGGAGCGGCUGGGCCGUGACGUGGAGGCGGCGCUGGGCAUGGAGCUGCAGGAGACCAAGAGCGCGGCCGCCAGCUCCAAGGGCUUCAAGCAGGUCUGAGGUGUCCAUGUGGUGGUGGAGGGCGGAUGGGAGGAGGUGGGGCUAGGGGAGGAGCGGCGGGAAGAGGAGGCGUGGGUGGUUGCGUGGGUAGCCGUCCAUGCAAGACGGGAAUUCGUAAGGUGUCGUUUGGUGGAUUUGCAAAUGUGGAGGAGGCGAGCACAGAGAGCGUGGGGCUGCUCCUGGUCUUUGGUUACGUGCGGUGAGGGCAAAUGCGGUGAGGGCAAAUGCCAAUGCGGUGGCUCGGCACCGUAUCAUACGGAGUUGGGCAAUGAAGCUGUGGGCGUGUGGGGUUGCGCCCGAGUUGUGUGGAGUUGCGCCCGGGUGCGGAUGCGUGCGCGUACAGAUGGGGCGCGCUGUGUUUCAUUGCAGUAACGUGAGUCUUUGUCUGUGUAACUUGACUGGUGAUGGGUGAUGGACUGAUGGGUUGCAAGGUUGCAUCCAAGCGGCUAGCAAGGUCGGAUGUCCAAUAACGCAUGUUGCCCUCCUUCAAGUUGUUGCUAUUUGGUCGUGUCAUUGACAAGGCUAUACGUGGUCACAAAAAUAUACCUCGAUGUGUAUGGGAUCUGGUAACGUCAGGCUACCCUGUCCCAAGCGUAGAACGUCCGUGCGGGGGCUGGCUUACCACACUUCCUAAUGCAUGCAUGGCGUCGGUUUUCGGCGGUGAUGGGGAAUCUGCUGUGCGUCUGAGCCUCGUGCGCAGGCUAGUCACCGCUUGCAUGGAGUAAAGCUGUUCACUGUAGCAUGCUUGCAUUAGCGUUUGUGAAUCAAGUUAAUGCAUGCAGCGUUGCAUUUAGGCGACUUUCGUGCGCGGCAGACAUCGCGACUCGUGAGCUUUCUGGGAGGUGCAGCUGUGGCACAAGUGGCACGCAGGGUAGCACGUGCGCUGAGCCCAAGUCCCUGGACUGUCCAGCACGGCCUCGUAUCAAGGUCUCUGGCGUGCAAGGUGAUGUACCGUAAUAAUAGAGACCAGGAGAAGGUGGAAAGGCCGUGGUGUCCGCAAUAAUAUUAAUACUGUAAUAUGAAGUACGUGACCAUCAGUGGGCGGGCGUCAAAUGGCCGGCCGCGUAGUAGUGGCGGUGCGUGGCAACGGUAGCGGUUGGGGCGGUUCUGGUUCGGGGGACAGCAGGACAGGACAAGACAGGACUUUGGGCGGCGCGGGUUCAGUUUGCAGGGUUUGAGUGGGGCUGGGCAUUUUGGCAGGUGCCGGGUUCAGAGUCAGGUCAAGCCCGGCCCGCAGGCUUUUGGGGCGAUUACAGGGGCACAGGGGCAGCCAGGCCAGGGCAGGGUGUCAGGGCACAGGGUACGGGAUGCUGUCACGACUGGGCAUGACGAACUAUUCCUUGCAUUGU